AUGGCUUGGCAGGGCUGGCCUGCGCCCUGGCUGUGGGUCGCCGGCUGCGGGCUGCUGUUCCUCGUCGUCGUCCUGCUCGCGAGCCCCCGCGGCGGCCGAGCGCAGCGGACCCUGCGCGGCGUCUCCAUGGCGCGCAGCAAGCGGCUGCUCUUCCGAAUCGGGUACAGCCUGUACACCCGCACCUGGCUCGGGUACCUCUUCUACCGCCAGCAGCUUCGCAGGGCUCGGAAUCGCUACCCCAAAGGCCACUCCAGAACCCAGCCCCGCCUCUUCAACGGAGUGAAGGUGCUUCCCAUCCCCGUCCUGUCAGACAACUACAGCUACCUCAUCAUCGACACCCAGGCCCGGCUGGCUGUGGCUGUGGACCCUUCAGACCCUCAGGCCGUGCAGGCUUCCAUUGAAAAGGAGGGCGUUAACCUGGUUGCCAUUCUCUGCACCCACAAGCACUGGGACCACAGCGGGGGGAACCGGGACCUCAGCCGGCGGCACCAGGACUGCCGGGUGUAUGGGAGUCCUCAGGACGGCAUCCCCCACCUCACCCAUCCCCUGUGUCAUCAAGAUGUGGUCAGUGUGGGACGGCUCCAGAUCCGGGCUCUGGCCACCCCUGGCCACACGCAAGGCCAUCUGGUCUACCUACUGGACGGGGAGCCCUACAAGGGCCCUUCCUGCCUCUUCUCAGGGGACCUGCUCUUCCUCUCUGGCUGCGGACGGACCUUUGAGGGCACCGCAGAGACCAUGCUGAGCUCGCUGGACACUGUGCUGGGACUGGGGGAUGACACUCUGCUGUGGCCUGGUCACGAAUAUGCUGAGGAGAACCUGGGCUUCGCUGGGGUGGUGGAGCCAGAGAACCUGGCCCGGGAGCGGAAGAUGCAGUGGGUGCAGAGGCAGCGAAUGGAGCGCAGGAGCACGUGCCCAUCCACCCUGGGAGAGGAGCGUUCCUACAACCCGUUUCUGAGAACCCACUGCCUGGUGCUGCAGGAGGCUCUGGGGCCAGGCCCAGGCCCCAUCGGGGACGAUGACUACUCCAGGGCCCAGCUCCUGGAGAAGCUUCGCCGACUGAAGGAUCUGCACAAGAGCAAGUGAUGCCCCCCACCCCACCCCAGCCCACCUCCUUGGUGGGGAGGCUGACCAUCACCCUCAUCACCCCCUCCUUCUCAUUGCUACCACCACCACUUCCAUCGGCGCCCAUGGUGGGCUUUAUUCCCCGACACUGGCCGGGGGACAGAAGGGAGGAGACCGAGAGGAAGGGAGCUGGUGGAAGGCUUGGAGACUCCAGGGGGUGAGGCUGAGUUACCAAGGGCAAGAGGAAAGGCGGGACCUAGGACAUCUCCAGACCUGACUGGGAGCGUGUGUUCCAUGGCAACGAGGACGUGGAGCUGCUGGGGAGGCCUCGCUUCCACUGUAGCCCCUGAGCCCCGGGCAGCAGGAACUGUGAAGAUGUUUGAGUCCCUCUUCCCCCUCCUCCCGUCCAGAGUGGGGAGAGAAACUCAGUCCCCGAAAGUGGCCUGAGGUAUGGCUCCGUGGAAGAGUGACCAGUCCGGGAGCGACAGGGCUCUGGUCUGCGGAGACGCUGCCCCUGUCCCCUGCCCAAGCCUCCCUGCCCUGUCCCCACGAAGGCACUUUUCCCACAGAGCCAUUUCUGAGAAGGAUGACAGGGCUGCGAGCCUGGCUGUCUGGAUGUUUCUGCUGAAUGGCUCCCCUACAGCCUGGAAGAGGUGGGGUCCUUGUUGCCAAGGAAACCCAGGCCCUGGCUGAGGAGACACCAGAGAGGGGACUGUGACGGUCGUGUAGGUCCCCGUGCUCCCUGCACAGCGGGUCUGGGCCUGCUGGCUGGCCUCUGCCCCUGCCCUGGGUCUCAAGGGCCUUUAUUCCCAGGGGAGAAAGCGCCACCGCCAGUCAUGGCCGCUGCGGGUUUCCUCAUUCGGGUCCUUAUUCUUAGGAACCUCUGCCCCCCUCUCACUCCUCUCUUUCCUCAGCCCUUCUUUUAACCAGUAGACCUUCAACUGCCCCUUUGCAGUUUGCCAAGAACACCCCAUGCCAUUUCUCAUGUGACCCCUGGCUCCGUCCCGGCUGGGGCAGGGGGUCCUCGAAGCAGCACAGCACUCAGAGGCCUGAAAGCAGAGAGCUCUGAGUGAGCCGUGGCUUCCAGGACCCCAGGCCUGGGCCCUGCCCCUCUGCGCAGCCCCCUCAGCUCAGCUUCUCCCCUGGCCUCGGGUCCAGGUCCCUUUAGAGCGAGGAACCCUGUGGUCCUUGCAGCAGCAGACCUGGGGCCAGCCCAGAACUUUCUCUCCACAUCCAAGCCCUUCCUCAGGCUCUGCUCACCUUUGGUGAGCCUCUGAGAUGCCCUGCCCUCAGUCUCCCCCACCAUCGAUCGGCCUCUGCCUCUCUCUCCAGCCAUAGCCUCUGGUACCAACUCUAGCAAUACUGUCAGAAUAGUUAGUCCCCGCCCCCCCAGACAUGCAGUUCCUGCCUCUGUGCCUUCGCUCAUGCUGUCUCUUCAGACUGGAAUGCCUUUCCCCUGCUCCUCCUGCCUUGUCUGCCUGGCAAACACCUUUUCAUCUCUCUCCAUCUCCCUCAAAAGUCCCCCCUCCUCCCGGAAGAUCACCCCCAUGCCCCACCCCUUCCAGGCUACCUCUGCUCUUUGUAAAUGCUUCUCCCAUGGCACUUAUCACACUGUAUUUUACUUGUUUACAUGUUUGUCUCCCCUUCUAGACUGUGAACCUUUCAGGGCAUGGACUGUAUCUUAUGCAUCUAUGUAUUUCUGCGCCUAGCACGGUGCCUGGCACACAAUAGGCGCUUAAUAAAUGUUGAAUGAAUGAAUGA